UCCAGGUCAGAAAGUCAUCUUGGGAAUUUAAACUGCAGUGUAAAUGAAAAUGAAUUUGUGAAUUGCGAACAAUACAUAAAUGCUUGUGAAAGUAAAAGGCCCAAUGAAUGUAAAAUUUGUAUGAAAAUAUUUGAUCAUCUACAUGAGUUACAGAGACACAUGAGUAAACAUACAGAUGAUAAACCUUAUAAAUGUGAUGUGUGUGGAAAGGCAUUCAAACAUUCAGGUGAUAUACAGAGACACAUGAGAACACAUACAGGUGAUAAACCAUAUAACUGUGAUGUGUGUGGGAAGGCAUUCAGACUAUCACAUCACUUAUUACAGCAUCACAUGAGAAUUCACACAAGUGAUAAACUUUAUAAAUGUGAUGUUUGUGGAAUGGCAUUCAGGCAGCCACAGUAUUUAAAGAGCCAUAGGAGGACACAUACAGGUGAGAAAUCUUAUAAAUGUGAUAUGUGUGGAAAGUCUUUCAAACAGCUAGGAAAACUACAGAUACACAUGAGAACACAUACAGGUGAAAAACCUUAUAAAUGUGAUGUUUGUGAGAAGGCAUUCAAACAGUCAAAUAACCUACAUGAUCACAUGAGAAUACAUACAGGUGAUCAACCUUAUAAAUGUGAUGUGUGUGGAAAAGCAUUCAAAUGGACAAGUAACUUACGGAGACACAUAAGGACACAUACAGGUGAUAGACCUUAUAAGUGUGAUGUUUGUGAAAAGGCAUUCAAAGAGACAAGUGACUUAAGGAGACACAUGAGGACACAUACCGAUGAUAAACCUUAUAAAUGUGAUGUAUGUGAAAAGGCAUUCAAACAGACAAGUGAUUUAAGGAGGCACAUUGGGACACAUACCGAUGAUAAGUCUUAUAUAUGUGAUGUUUGUGGGAGGGCAUUUACUCGGUCAAGUACCUUUCAUGCGCACAUGAGGACACACACUGGUGGAAAACCUUAUAGAUGUGCAUGUGAUGUGUGUGAAAAGGCAUUCAAACAGACAAGUAACUCACAAAGACACAUGAGGACACAUACAAUUGUUAAACCUUUAAAAUGUGAUGUGUGUGGAAAAGCAUUUAACAAAUUAUAUGCUUUACAGACACACAAGAGGACACAUACAGGUGAUAAACCUUUUAAAUGUGAUGUCUGUUGGAAGGCAUUUAAACAGUCAGGUCACUUACAGGAUCACAUGAGAAUACAUACAGGUGAUAGACCUUAUAUCUGUGAUGUAUGUGAAAAGGCAUUUAAACGGUUAAGUGACUUACAGAGACACAUGAGGACACAUACAGAUGAAAAACCUUAUAAAUGUGAUAUUUGUGGGAAGACAUUCAGCCAAUCAAAAUAUUUAAAGAGACACAUGAGCACACAUUCAGUUGAAGCAUCAUACUAAUGUGAUGUGUGUGGGAAGGCAUUCAUUCAUUCAUUCAUUCAUUCAAGUACCAAACAGAGACACAUAAGGACACAUACCGGUAAUAAACCUUAUAAAUGUGACGUAUGUGGGAAGGAAACCUACCAGUAAGGUAACUUACAGUCACACAUAAGGACGUACAGGAUGAGAAACCUUGUAGAUGUGAUAUCUGUGGUAAGGCUUACAACCUCUCACAAUAUUUAAAAAGUCACAUGAGGAUACAUACAGGUGAUAAGCCUUACGUAUGUGAUGUGUAAAGGAAGGCAUUCAACUGGUCAAAUUACUGAUACAUAUGAGGACUCAUACUGGUGAAAAAACCUUAUAAAUGUGAUGUGUGUGGGAAGGCUUUCAGCCAUUCACAUCCUCUCAAGCGUCACAUGAGGAUGCGUACAGGUGACAUUCGUCAUGUAUGUGAUAUAUGUGGAAAGCCAUUCCAUUGUUCAAGUAACUUCAAGAGACAUUGUAGGAUACAUUGUGGUGAUUCAUAGUGGUUCGUAAAAGAAAAGUUGCGUGAAAUGGCGAAUUUAAAUAAAUACAUUGAGACAAAUCCAGAUGAACUUUAUGAAUGUGAUGUGUGUGGGAAGUCAUUGAAUCUAUCGAGUAACGUACCAGUUCACGAAAAGGUGACAUUCAGGUGAUAAACAUUAGGAAUGGGAUAUAUGUGUGUGAGCGAUUUAAGAUACUUAAGCACAUGACCGGUCGACAGGGAUGCUCACUUCUGAAUGGAACCUGAUCCCACCUCCGAUGUUUUGGAGGUCCGUGUUUCCUAUACUCCUACUUUGUAUUGUUUUAUGGACUUCUGAUGUUGAACACUGUUCGUUAUAUCCAUAUGUUUCAUCCUGUGAAAAAACCUAA